GCUGCGGGCCGGCGGGCGGACCGGGCCGGGGUUGGAGAAGUUUGCGCGGCGGCUUGUGAGCGCAGUGUGCGGGCCCCGCCGGCCGCUGCGCUCCCGCUGCCAUGGCUUUCCGCAGGAGGACGAAAAGUUACCCGCUCUUCAGCCAGGAGUUCGUCAUCCACAACCAUGCGGACAUCGGCUUCUGCCUGGUGCUCUGCGUCCUCAUCGGGCUUAUGUUCGAGGUCACAGCCAAGACUGCCUUCCUAUUUAUUUUACCUCAGUAUAAUGUUAGCAUGCCUACAGCAGACAGCGAGACCGUGCACUACCACUAUGGGCCGAAGGACCUGGUCACAAUCUUGUUCUACAUCUUCAUCACCAUCAUCUUGCAUGCUGUGGUUCAGGAGUACAUUCUAGAUAAAAUCAGCAAAAGGCUUCAUCUCUCCAAGGUCAAGCACAGCAAGUUCAAUGAAUCUGGACAGCUGGUAGUUUUUCAUCUCAGCUCUGUGAUAUGGUGCUUCUACGUGGUGGUGACGGAAGGAUACCUAACAAACCCAAGAAGCCUCUGGGAGGACUAUCCACAUGUGUAUCUCCCCUUCCAGGUAAAGUUUUUCUACCUAUGCCAGCUGGCCUACUGGCUGCACGCACUUCCCGAGCUGUAUUUCCAGAAGGUACGGAAGGAGGAGAUUCCUCGUCAGCUCCAGUACAUCUGCCUAUACCUGGUCCACAUAGCUGGUGCAUACCUCUUGAACCUGAGCCGCCUGGGCCUGAUCUUACUGCUCCUGCAGUACUCAACUGAGUUCCUCUUCCACAUGGCUCGACUCUUCUACUUCGCAGAUGAAAACAACGAGAAGCUGUUUAGUGCCUGGGCUGCUGUGUUUGGGGUCACCCGACUCUUCAUCCUCACUCUUGCUGUGCUGGCCAUUGGCUUCGGACUGGCUCGCAUGGAAAACCAGGCGUUUGACCCUGAGAAAGGCAACUUUAACACCUUGCUUUGCAGGCUGUGCAUGCUGCUGCUGGUGUGUGCUGCCCAGGCCUGGCUCAUGUGGCGCUUCAUCCACUCCCAGUUGCGGCACUGGCGGGAAUACUGGAAUGAGCAGAGUGCCAAGCGGAGAGUCCCAGCUGCCCCCAGACUACCAGCCAGGCUCGUCAAGAGGGAAUCUGGUUACCAUGAAAAUGGAGUGGUGAAAGCAGAAAAUGGAACCUCCCCACGGACUAAGAAACUCAAGUCUCCUUAAGGCCAAAGCACUGCGAACAGGAAUCCUUUUGGUGGGGGCCCCGCAGGGAGGCCAGGAGCCCAGCCUCAUCGCUGCCUCCUCCUGCCUGCUUGUGAUGCUCCAUCUCAAACAGCAGAUGCCUGUCUCUAAACGGGGCUUUUCUCUUUCUUACUCCUUUGCUUUCUCUUCCUUAUUCUUCCAUAAACCAUUCUCAAUAAAACCAAAAAUCUUCCUCCUUCUCUCCCUCAAGCCACCUCAUGUCCUCACCUUUGUCCUGUGUUGGGUUUUCUAGAAGCCAAGGUUCUCAUGGUCAUCUUGCUUCUUGCCUCCUUUUUCUCUUCCUUCACAGCUACUUCUUUCUCUUUUUGUUAAUUUUACUUUAUUGUGCAAUUUUUCUGUGUCUGAUUUUUACAAUGGGAGGGAGCUAAGAUUGCAAUACUGUCCACCUGACACCCAGCUUCAGUUCCCAGGACCUGCCAGAAUCUGGAAGCAUGGUGGUAGGCGCCUCCCCCAGGGGCAAGGAGCAGGCCCCUUGGCGGCCCUCGUGUGGAUAGGCAAGAAGAGGAGAGGCCACCCCUCUUGGAACAUAAAUCUCCUUGGUGCUGAUUAACUGGCAAGAUGUGUGAUUCCAGCUCUGCACGCACCAUCUUGAGGCAUAGCAGUGCCAGUGCUGGUUGUAAAUGCCAAGGCAUUUGGCCCUGGGCCGUGACAAUGCAGUCCAGAAGGAUGGUGUUAACUGUGUUGGGUCCCAUGACUCAAGAGAGCUUACCAGUGGCUGGUCCUGGAGUGGAAACCAGCCUGCUAUGGCUGUGGCAGGGAAGUACUGGAGGAGGACAAGUCUUCCCACUAUCUAAAGCAAGAACAAAGCAUACAGAGCAACAGGCUCUUCCUGAAAGGUAACAGCGGCAGAAAUGAUGGAGUUGAUGAACUAGGCCUUUCUUUAGCAGCCUCAGCUGCAGUUGCUUUUUCAACCAAUUCACCAGCAUUCAAAACCAAACCAAACAGCAGUUAAUAUGCCUGACCGGGAUCUGCUGGUCCUAAACCCCAGAGCCCACCAGGUGUGUCAGGGGCCACAUUUGCUGCCUUGACUUCAUCUCUUGUUGCAAGAACACUAAGCCUCAAAGACCCCAGCCCCACACUAGACCCUUGGUGCCCUGAGGAGGGUCACCUGGGCCACUCGCCCUCUGGCCUCAUUUGUCAAGUAUCCUUUGGGAUUGUUGUAUCGUUUGCUGAUGUUUGUUGAGCACGCCAACAGCAUUUAGACUGGGAAACCAGGACUUGCUCACACCCUUCUGGUUAGAUGAGCAGACACCGUGGUGUCCCCAGGAGUCUCUUUGCCCCCUUCCCUCAUGUGUUCUUUCCCUCCCCUCUACUCAAAGACAAGUCACCAAGUUCCUAUGGUGCCUCUCAAGGACAUCCGGAAGGGGAGGUAGGCUUUAAAUGGUCCCGAUUAAGAACUCCUGAACUCUGUGCCAAGGUGAAAGGGAACAGUUCUUGGUGGGUACAGGAAUAUUGGUGCCAUUGAUAUCCUGGGGGCAUCGCAGUAGAAACCAAACCUUGGAUUUUUGACCAAAAAGGGAGAGAUGGGUCUUUUCAUCAAGUUAGCUUCCCUUCUCCAAGUCACUUGUAUCACAGAUAGACUUUAAUUGACCAGUGACUAAGGGAUGUGUUUCCUGCCACCAUGGUAGAUCCUCAUCCCCCUAUUUCAGGAUAAAGUUGCAGAAAUGGGAAGAUAAAUGCCCUUGGCUCCUUUUGAUUGCCUUUAGGAAAUGGGAUAGUAUUUUCCAAAAUACACAUUUUUCCCAUCUUUCUCUCACCUUCCCUGACACUUCUCUGGCCUGCAAAGCAGAAAGUUGGUGAAAGGGAGGUUUGAUAUUAGUCAAAUAGACUGAUCCAGAACCCCUUAGCCAUCUCAGUCAGACAGCACUGACGCAAGUUGUAAUGGAGUUCCUUCUCCCUGCCUUGCCUGGUACUUGCUAAUGGAGGGAGUGUUCAGCAGCUUCCUCAGCCCACCUUCCUCUACCAUCAGCCUAGCUGCCCCUCCAGUUCUCUCCAGCCUGACUUUCGCAGGGUCUCACCAGCUUCCUGCAGGAGACAAUACCUUCUCAGGUGAGCCCAGGUUAAACUGCUGAUCGUGCCUUCAGCAAAUGCACAUGGCAUGUUUGCACUGUGUCUGGUGCUGGGGGUAUAGUGGGGACCAGAGCACCUGAAGUCCUGCCAUCAAGCAGCUGCAUUCUCAUGCAUGUAGGUUUUUGUUGCUCUGCCCUAGGACACUUGGGUGCCAGAGAUGACAUAGCUUCAUGUUCCCUAAGACUUCUGGCAUUGCUGUUGUAGUGUCUUUGGAUAUGGUGCUGCCAACCUAAUGGCUGGGGUCACCUAGGCUCUGUUUCCUAAGGGACUAGGGUUUGAGGUGGGCUGUUACAAUCUUUUUCGCGAUGUAAGAAAAACCUAAGGCCAUGAGUUAAAGAGGCAUCUCAUUACCCUGGGCUUCAAGGAUGAUUAGGGGGCAAGAGGGUAAUUGUGGGACACUUUGUCACCCCAGGGAUGGGACUCCCUGGCACAUUAAUUUCAGAGCAGAGCCAAGUCGUUGGCUGGUUGGCUCAAACCACGUUGCCAGAGGCUGAGGUAACUCAGUUCCACUUCAUUGAGUAAGCUUGUUGGACUGGCUUGUCCUGAUUUGGCCACUUUGGCUACUUUCUUCAGCUUCACACACUCCCCUGAACAGAGUGCCAAACCACCUGUGAAGGCCCUGCCAGACACCUCCAAGUCUGAGAGGCCUGGCCCCCACCAUCCGCCAAGAGCAGAAUAGAUGCUAAUCUACCUCAGCAGCUGCUGCCUUUCUCUCUGACUGGUACAAAUGCGCAGGGAAGCCAAGCAGAUGGCAGUGGUGAGAGGGAAUGGAGGGUCCCUGCUCUCAAUUCCUGUCCUUAGAGGCUUCAUGAUGGGGUGAGUUACUUUUACCAUCCAAGGCUCUGAUAGCUGCACUAUUACUGUUACAUGUGUUCCCUUUUGAAGGUAGGAGGAAGCUAGAAACUAACCCACUGCCAUCGAGUCAGUUCUGACUCAUAGCAGCCCUAUAGGACAGAGUAGAACUGCCCCAUAGGGUUUCCAAGGCUGUAAGUCUUUACAGAAGCAGACUACCACAGUUACUCAAGCCUAAAUAGAUGGUUUGGGGGAAAAGGGUAUCAGACUGAGCCAGAAGGAGAGUAGCUUCUCUCCCAGUCUAAGCAAUCCUAACCCUGUGUGUGUCUGGGCCACCAGACCUAAAUGGUUGCUGGGAGCAUUUUUCGUUUCUGUCCUGAGGCAGAAUUUACCAACAUUUAAGAAACCAAAGUAGACAUCUGUUGCUCUGGCCAGCUUUUCAGAUGCUUCUCCUGACUGGAUCUCUUGAACCCUGAAAACCCGUGAAGCCUGGGUUGGGUGUUUGUUUCUAGGUUUUCUGUUGGGACCUCCUUCCUCAAUAUCCUUUGAACUUUUUUUUCUAAGUGGGAAAUAAGGGGUAGUGACAGAGAUUCCACACAUGAAAUUAUUCUAUUCCGUGAAGUUUUUAUUUUUUUUUUAAUUAAAAGAGGCUUGCCAACCACCAGGUGGCUGGGGAUGGCCUUGGUUUAGAUUUCCUUUAUACGGUUGGCCUCCCUGGUCUGCUUUUCCUGUGCAUGGACUGAGAGAAGGUAGGGAAGUCUGGAUAUAACUAACCUCUCUGCCUAAGGACCUCAGUGUCACAAGUGAGAAAACUUCCAAUUCUUGAUCUUCUAAGGACUUUGAUUUCUACUAAUCAAGAGUUUGCUGAAGACUUGUGAGUUGGGAUGACUGAGUGGUCUUUGUUACCUCACUCUGCCUUACUAGCUUACAGCCCUGUUCCUUAGGAGAGGACUUUGAAGAUUACUGGUCUUUAACCUUUAAGCAAAUCUUACUGGAGAAUUAGGUAACUGUCAGAUUAUUUGAAAACAAACCUAAAUCCUCCAGGCCCAUGGUUGGUCCACUGUGGUCACCUUUGCCAACUGCUCACUCUACACCCUAUUUCUUCCAUGAAUAUUAACUUCAUCUCCCAGAAGCCUGAAAAAGACCGCUGCUCCUUAGGUGUUUCCCUCUUUUAUGGAGUCUCUGGGAUCAGCAGAGCUCGGACAAAGAAAAGCCUUCAGACUUAACUCUGUAUAGCCUCUUGUGCUCAGCAACCCCUGCCGAGUUUUUGUCCUAAGGUCUUUAUUCUUUUUUUGUAAGAAGUGCCUUUCUUGGCCAUGUGGUCUUCCAGCCUUCACUUGUACUGCGUGGCCAGCCCCCAGCUCCAGGGCUGUAGGGCUUUGUCAUGGGCAGUCGAGGGCUCUAUACCUCAGUUCAGUUACAUGUAAAAGGGACAUAUAUUGUGACGGUUUUGUCUCAGCCUCCCCCUACCAUGGUGUUAGGGUCUGGUGUUCUCUAUCUCCUUUCUUGUUUAACUUCUCUUCUGGCCAGGCUGGGUAGCUUCAGAAGCAUGCGAGGUGGCCCGUCCUCAAGCACCUGCUACCUGUUAAGGGAAACGCAGAGGCUUCCAGCAGCACUGAGCCCCCUGUCUGUGGUCCCACACAGUGAAAAGUGCUCUUUCAAGUCUCCUGCAUAUUAAAAAAGGUGCCCUUGUCAUAAGCUCUUCUGUUCUGUUUUGCUUCCCAUUCCACCCAAAGUUUGUAUUAUGAAGGUUUACUUUUACCUUCCAGUCUCAAGUGUUAAUUCACAGAUACCCAUUUGACGGUGGGCCACCUCUGGCUAUUGCAGAACUAUUUCUAGCUCCCACAUCAGUGAUCCCACCCGUGUGCUCGCAGCAGCUCCUCUCUCCCCUGCCUUCUUCUCGCUCUUCCGGGUUGUGCAAUAACUCUCCCAGCUUGUGGUCUUCUCUGCAGGCCUUUCUGUCCCUGGCAGCACCCUGCAGUUGGGGGAGAGAUGGGACCCGUGGGAGGGGUAGUCUUCAUUCCUUGCUGAAGACAUGUCAGCACUUUGCCUGUGUUGCUGUCGUUCUCCUGGUCCUGGGUGGGUUUCCGUGGCACUCUAGUAGAAUAUGUAGCAUCCUCUUAUAAAUCCAGACAUAUUUUUUAAAACUUGUUGAAAAGGAAAAACAUCCUUAUGAUGGGGCAUUAAGAAGUCUGCAUCUGGGAAUGAGAUCUGCUGUGAUGCCUGUGGCGUCACCGUCACUCUGCCUAGAAGCAUUCCAGAGUUUUCUUGUUCACGUGAAGAGGAAGGGGAUUCUCUUCCGAACCAGUCAUGCACGGAUGGCUCUGUUCACCUGGUAGGAUCUGGCUGUGAUCGUAAAUACCGCCAGUUUUGUGGGUACACAUUCAAGUGUUUCUGUGAUGAGACUAUAAACCUCAUUUUUCAGUUCUUUUUUUUGAUAAACACCUGAAGGAUGAGCUGAGGCUGCUGGUGCCCUGAGCAACUCAUAAUGCAAAUGUGGACAAAUUGUCUUUUUGUUGUUCUACUUUAGCCUGUUCAUGUUACGGACCAAAUUUCAACAAGGAACUCAAGGAAAAUUUGUACCUGCCGUAUUUAUGCUUUCAUGUAAAGGGUUGUGGGGGUCUUUUACUUUUGGUGAAAUUUUUUCAAAAUCUUUUUUCCACUGUUUCUGUCUGGUUUUAAAACAAAUUACAGUUUUGUAUGGAUUUUUUUAAUGUACAUUUUGAAAGAAACGAUCAUCAAAUAUUUUCUGAAAUAACUGAAUAAAAGGCAUAGAAUUAUCA